UUGCAUGUGCUCUUGUUUGUGUACGUGCAGAAGCAAGUUCCCAGCAGAGAGGGCGGAUCGCAGCCAGAACAUUGUAGCUUCUUUAGCUGGCACGGCUGGUGUUGGGUUAGAGGCAUCAAAAGGGAGCGAAGGAGCUGCACUGAAAGUCAACCAGUCCCGCUGAAAUUUGUGUCACAAGGGUCUUGAAGGAAAGCAAGAAGUCAGCAUGUUACUGUUGGAUUGCAAUGUGGAGUCCAAUAGCCUGAGCCACCUCCUGGAAGCAGGGACUGAAGUGAAUGUAGCUGCUGAUGCCUUUGUCCAGUCCCCAGCUCAUCUGGCUGCUCGGGGAGGACAUGCUUUCUUCUUACUCUGGCAAGUGCAGACAGGAGCCAAUUUGAACCAACAGGAUUGGCUUGGGGAAGCUCCAAUUCACAAGGCAGCUAAAGUUGGGAGUUUGGAGUGUCUUGCCUUACUUGUUGCCAGUCAUGCCAGCAUUGACUUGCGCAAUAAUAACGGUCAAACAGCAGAAGACCUUGCAUGGGCUUUUGGAUUUUUGGAGUGUGCUCAGUUCCUCAUGACAGUGAAAUGCAUUCAGAAGGGGAAAGGAGUAACACAGAUAACUGACUCCCCGCAUGACAGUGAUGACCAUCUGUUCCAAGAGGCUUCAAGAAGACAGAAACGAGCAUGUGAAAGCAAGAGACCCAUAAGCAAGAAAAGAAUGAAAUCAAAUGAUAUGACUUUCUUGAUGUCACCGGAAAGCCAAUCCUCAUAAAAAGAAGAACUAUCAGAACUCUACAAACACCCAUGAGUUCAAAACCAAAUACUCUGAAGAAUGCCUUCUGAGAAGGAGAGUAGGUUGCUUCUUGAAGAAGAUAGUUUUAAAAUAAUUCCUGUGUUUACACAAUAAUAAAUGUAUAUAACAAAA